CUUACAAAUCAAUUCUGAUAUCUGGAGGUUGUUAUGGAGAGUUGUAAGACACUGUGUAGAAUUUUAGCCCUCCCGAUCUUUCCAAAUGUUCCGCAAUCAGGCUUCAACAAUAGUGGAGAGAGAAUUUCAUUCUUAUUCUUUUUACACGUAAUAUCCGGGCUAUUUGUCAUCAACGGGGUAUUUGCAGCCGAACAAGCAACAUCAGAAGAAUCCAACAUUAAGAAUUGGGUGGUAGUGACGGUCUUUGUAACAAUUGGACUGAUUUCGCUGGUUAUUCUUCUCAUUGCAGGUUGCAGAAAUACGCUGCAUACAAAUAGAAUACCAGAAACCAAAAUGUCCGAUCCAUCCUUGAAUCUUCGAAUAGGAUUUCUGUGGGUGUUUGGAUUAGUGGUGAUGAUACAUGUGUCCUUGAACUUUGCAACUUAUAUUGACUGCAUCCAAUCUUAUUCCUUAAGAGGUGUCCAUGUGACAUUUUUGUUGACGAGUAACAUAAUCUUAUUACUCUUCCUCAUCAUUCAAAUUACCUUUGUUUCGUAUUUCCAACAUACAUGUACUUCUUUCACAAGAGGUUAUAUUAUCAACUUUGCCAGUAUGUUCGUUCUAGUGGCCAACUUUGUCAUUUGGUAUAGUGUAGUGGUUAGUAAAAGCACAUCAUUAGGAAUGAUGAAGAACGAUGCGGAAUCAAACCAAAGCAAUGAGACCUAUUGCUUUCUAACAUCUAAGAUACAGCAGAAACUAUCUUUAAAUAUGACGCCGUAUUUAUUUCCAUCUAGAAUGGAGUUCUGUAUUCUAGCAUCCAGCUUUAUCAUAACAUUGAGGAGGUGGCCGAUGGACUAUGUACGAAAUGAAGGGAGUUACACUGACUAUCAAGUGCUUCACGAAAAUAUUGAUGAUCGUAAUGUUCCUUCCCCUGAGAAAAGAAAUCACAUAAACGGACCUCAUAUAUUUGCAACAGUGUGUGGGUUUGUCAUUAAUAUGCCAACUUUUUUCUCAGCGAUAUUGCUAGUAUUUGUCUCUGACUGGAACCAAGAAGCCCUUCUUCUUACUAUUUACACCGGUGAGUCUUUGAGUGCGGUUUGCAGCAUCGCCAUCGUUUACAUAUGCAGUUAUUGUUUGAACAAGAAUUUCAGUAACUCUUGGAGACACAGCAAACUAACGACCAAUGAGUACAUUCUAAUUCUGACAUCCUCUGGAAUGGUGACCUAUUUUACUAUUGGUAUACUGACCAAUUUUUCAUACCCCCAAAACAUGAAGAUGUACGCUUGUUGUCGUUUCCUUGGUUUACUAGAAAUAUUUCUACAGACGUACUUCUUCAUCAGAAUUAGGCGGUACAAUCUCAAUGGCAACCACUCCAUUCUCAUUUCCUCGUGUGGAAUUAUUCUCAUGUUAACCAAUCUGAUUUACUGGCUCCUAAAUUCUUACAAGCAGAAUGCUUUUGCGGAAAGUAGAGAAAUAUUCCUUGUUGAACGCGAGAAAUGGCUCUACAUAGAAAACAUACUAGUUCCUUUACUGACAUUUUACAGGUUUUUCUCGGCCAUGAGUGCUUAUUCCUUAUAUUGUAAGUUUAAACCGAAUCGUUAAAACAUAGUGAACCAGUGCGUUUCUAAAACCUUUACGUUACGGUAGUACUCUACAUCGUCAUAAUGGCUGACUUCCUUUAAAAACAUGGAUGACAAAAUCGAUAUCAGCAAUAU